AGCAGAGGGCGGGCCACGUUGUGUGGCCGGGGACCAUGUUACUGAUGCGGCGUGUGGCGCUGCCGUUGCUGCUGCUGCUGGCGGCCACGGGAUGCCCGCGUGCGGCCUGGUCGCUGGUGUGGUACACGGCUUGGGUGAGCACGGUAUACACCGAGCCCGGCACCAACCGCACGGUACAGGGGAGCGCCGAGAGCGGCCGCUACGGGGACGGCUCGCCCAAGGAAAGCGCGCAGGGCCUGGUGGGCAUCCCCCGUGGCUCCGGUACCCGUCACAUGGAAGGCUGCGCCUCGGACAUCGAGUACGAGGUGCCCAUGCCGCCCGGCGCCAAGCGCGGGUCCUCAGCGGGGACUCCUCCCUCCUGGAUCGCUUUGGUGGCCCACGGCGGAUGCAAGCUGAAGGACAAAGUCGCCAACGCAGCGAGGAAGAGGGCGGCCGCCGUGGUAGUCUACAACCAGCCCCAGUUUGGGAACUCUACCCUGAGCAUGCCGCACCUCGGUACUGGCAAUACAGUGGUAAUUAUGGUUGGGUAUCCAAAAGGAAUGGAGAUCUUGGAGCCAGUGCGAAGAGGGAUUCCAGUGAAAAUGACAAUUGAUGUUGGAAAUCGGCACAUACAAGAAUAUAUCAGUGGACAGUCAGUUGUUUUUGUAGCUAUUGCGUUCAUCACCAUGAUGAUUAUAUCUUUAGCAUGGCUUAUAUUUUUUUAUAUACAGCGUUUCCUCUAUACUGGAACACAGUUUGGAAACCAGGGGCACAGAAAAGAAAUCAAGAAAGCAAUUGGCCAGCUGCAGCUCCACAUUGUGAAGCAUGAAGAUAAGGGGUUAGAUAUCGAUGCUGAAAAUUGUGCUGUGUGUAUAGAAAACUAUAAACCAAAAGACACAGUUCGAAUUCUGCCAUGCAAACAUAUAUUUCAUAGAACAUGCAUUGAUCCUUGGCUUUUGGAUCACAGAACGUGUCCAAUGUGCAAACUAGAUGUUAUCAAAGCCCUAGGAUGCUGGGGAGAACCUAAAGAUUUACUUGAAGUUGCAGUGCCUGAAUCAAUAAGUGGUAGCAUAUCAGUUGAAAGCUGGAGUAUUACUGUACAAGAAGAAGAGAGAAAUGAACUAAGCAACAUACCAGCACCCCCCAAUCUUGAAUCUACAUUAAAUUGUAGCAGAUUAAAAGAAGAUGUAGCUGAAACAACAGCAUUACUUGAAAUUGAUGGCAGAGAUGGCCAGCUUGAAGAAUACCUGUCCAGUGGAAAUUCUCAAUGAAAGCUUUAAACUGAAAUGUGAGAGCUACAGAUCUACUUUGUUUUUAUUUAAACGGUACAGAAAUGUGUUGAGCCUAUGAAAUGUUUUACAUUUCUAGUUCAUGUUCCAGAAGGGCAAGUAGCUAAAUUUUAUGUUUAAAUAUAUUUAGGGAAACUCUCCUACAAAAACCAGUUACACUCACAUCACUUUUGUCCAGAAGUGAUUGAGCGGUACCAGUGGACUGGGAUAAAACCAAUAUGAAAUCUGUGGAUGAUGUAAAAAAUUAUUGGGGACGGGAGAUUGAUCUGAUGCUUUUGAGCUGGUUGAUCUUUUCCCAGGAGUAUUGGAAAGCAGGUUCCCUGCUUUCACUUGAUUUCUGUUCCUUUGUAGGAUCAAAAUCAAAGGGAAGGAACAUGAAUGAUUUCUUAAGGAACUGAGAAGGAAAAUACCCUUCUGUAAAGAACAGGAAGCUCAAAAUGUAUGACAUAAUGUGUUCUUAUCUCAGAAAGCUCCUACAGACACAGGUGAGACCUGGGAGGAAUAUACAGGCUAAUAGACAAAUGGCGGGUUACUGUAUUACAAGUAGCAUGCAUUUGUAAACCUGUAAUGUUUUGUAAACUUUUUUUGUUUAAAAACACCAGACUACUCAAGUGGCUAACCAUAUACUGGCUGAGAAAAUUAGUCUAGAAGAGACAAACACUUAGGUUGUGCUACAGAGUUAAGUUUCAUGGUUGAAGUUACUUCUACGUUGUCUUGGGUAGACAGAUCAACUGCAUUGUACUGCCUUAAUAUGCUGUGUAUGGAGAGUUAUUUAAUACUGAUGCAAGUUACCUCAGCUCUUAAAUGAGUAAAACUGAAGUAGAAAGUUCAUGUCUGGAAAUUAUUUAUUCUAUUUAUAAAAUCUCAUUGACUCAGAUAUAUGCAUCUUUUCCCCAUUAAUUGCUCAUUAGUUACUUUUGCAUUUUCUGUAUCUGAACGCAGCGUUGGGAUUAUUGUGGAGACCUGCUGUAAAAGUGUACAAAAACAAAACUAAUGGGUUCUUCCCAUAAAAACUUUGAGGUAAUCAUUAGUUCUGUUCUUGUUCUGUUGCUGGAUUAGCAGCAUUGUGCCUUUUAUAUAAUGGCUGGAAAGCAUUAUGUAUGAAGUAUAUGAAACUAAAAAAAUACCACUGAUACUUAAUUUCCUCUGUUUUAGGUAAUGCCAUAAAAUUUUGUGUGUGUGUAAUAUAUAUGUAUUAAAUACUGAAAGUAUGUUCAGGAUUUUAGUAUUCCCACCAAUGAAUGUAUGUUGUAAAGUUCACACAUUGCUGAAGACUGCCCAAAAUAGACAUUUGUAAGGUGCUCUGUGGAAUACAUAUUUUAAAAUGCAUAUUUUCUAAAACUGGAAUAUUUAAUGUUCCAAGAAGAAAAGUAUUUCAAAUAUGGAAAGGCAGGAAACUUUGUAAUCAUCCGCUUUUGUUGAACAAAUGACUUGCUGUAAACAUGUAUGUCUAAAAUACCCUGAAGAGCUUGCCAUCACUUCCUGUAGGAAAGCAACUCUGCCACAGGUCAACUGUAAAAAAUUUACUUCUGCAAUGUCUCCACCUUGCCGCGAGCACUUAAUGGAAUGGACUGUGCAUGGACUGCUAGAUAUGUCAGUAUUGAUGUUGGCUUUCAAAGAUGAACUGUCUUUGAAUUGUUCAGAAUCUGAUGUUUCCGUGAAAUCCUCAGCACAAAGAAAAGCAUUAACUACAAUUUUUAAAAGGAUGACUUUAGCUUAAUAUGCAAGAACUGAGAGGAAGUUCUCUGAUGCAUUGGAAGCCUCCGUAUCUUAUCUAAUAUUUGCAGUGCAGAGCUGCCUAUGGAGACUACAGUGGGGUAUUUGGGACUCAGUCACACAAGCUCUGUUGAGAUAUUCAGACUGCUAUCAGUUUUUGAAGUCAUCUGCAUACAUGCUAUAUAGAAAAAAUUAUUCUUGUAUAGGGCAAGAUCACUUCUUCCCCCUGCUAUAUUGUUUUCAGAAAGCAUUCCUUACAUGAGGGGCUCCAUCUACAUUUCUAUACCAGUUUGGAUGUAGUGCUGCUAGCUACUGUUUAAUAACCACAGCCCCAUUCACUGAGCUACAGCUAAUGCUGCCCUAAGCUUGGUUCUUCUUUUUUCAAAGAAGCCUAAGUACAAAAAUGGACAUUCACAUGGUAUAGAUUUUGUUGUAAGAUACUAGGUUGUUAAUGUCAAUUGCAAGUACAAUUCUCUAAAGAACUGAAAAGGCUUUUGUCAGGACAAAACUAAUCUUUAUUUUUAACUUCAGGAGGAUCUUUUGAUGCACAAAAAUGAAAUAUGCUGUUAAUAAUAGUGUGCUUAUAUACUGCCCUUCUGUACAGGUUAUGUCGCAGAAGUAAGCUAUGGGGCUGUUACUGAAAUUCAUGCGUGUAUUUAAUUAUUAAAAAAAAAAUAAAAGUUGGUGUUGGCCUGUUUUUAAAAAGUUGCUAUUUUCCUGUAAACAAUUAUUCUGAAGUUUUACUCAGUUAAAACAAUAGGUUAUACCAGCUUCUCUAGUGCGAAGAGUCCCCUUAUGUCCACUGAAAGGGUAACACUGGAUCUGAGACUUUAGUAGAAGGAAGGGAUUACUUCACACCAUUGACCACAGGGAAGUUUGUAUCAGACCAAGUACUUAAAACUGUGUGAUAUGGAUGGUGUUGGAACUUUUUAAAGUUACUUUCUGCAGAAAUGGUCUACUCAUCCACUAAUAGCUAAUAGAGGCUUGUACUAACAUAGCACCCAAGGGAGACAGAUGGUGGUGGUGGUACAUGUUACCACCUCUUGAGAAUUGGGCUGAGAGGGGAGAAUAUCAUGAGUGUAAGCACUUUUUUAAAAGAAAAACUCUGUGAACAGUUGUAUUAACUUGAGAAGAUUUUACAUCCAAAUAGUGUGGGAU